CCUUAUAUAGGCUAUCAUUGUCAGUUGACUGUAUAACCGUGUUCAAACAGUACGUAUUUAUUGUUUCCAUUCUUCUCCUGCAAUAACGCCAUGAAACUGUUGCUGGUUAGUCUGUUGCUGGUCGGCGUUGUUCACGCCAACAUCCUGGACACGCUGAGUGGGGUCGUGGACACAGUCGGGGGUGGAGUCAAGGACGCCGCAAACACCGUCGCCGGGGCAGCGGUGGACGCUGCUAACGUCGUCGGUCAUGGGGUGCAAGACGCCGCGCAUGCCGUCGCUGGUGCGCUCCCCGACAUCGGCUCCGCCAUAGGUUCUACAUUCGGUGACAUCUGGCAGGUUGCCAAAGACCCCCUGAAAGAGGCGGGUAAGGAGCUGCUCAUUCAGGCAGGCGAGUUCGCGCUCCAUGAGGGACUAACACUCGCCCUCGACGCACUAGCAUCCGGAAAACGGGAAACAGUGAACCCGGCUGACGUGCGGGCAUUCCUGACCACCUCCCUCCUCGACGAAUUUGACCAGUGGCUACGCGACACCGAGACACAGGUGCUCGGUUCCCGAACCGAACUCACCAAGGCCAUGGGCAAACUGACGUUCCACCGUCUCCCCUCGGAUCUGCGCCAGUACGUGUCUGAGUACGCCACCGCUCGCGCUUCCGGUACCAUGGACAAGUUUAUCAUGAACCAGGCCAGCAAGAUCUCUACAGACGCCAUUGCAGUUUUGAAGACGCGCCUGACAGAUAGGAUCCACGCCGCCAUCAGCUCGGUCGUCAAUGUCCACCAGCAAGCUUGAAAUGUACCGAAAUAAACAAACAAAUAUC